CUCUGAGGCUCCUGGAGAAGCGGGGUGGGUGGAGCCGCCGCAGGAGGCCCCGCCGUAGGCCAGCGAGAAUCCAGGAGGGGCGUGACUGGGCGGGCCGGAGCCGGAGGAGGGCCACCGCGCCGACCGGUUGGCUGCCUGGAGCCGGUCCUGCUGGGAAUUGGCUUGCAGCGCUCGGUUCCUCAGCUCGCGGAGCUCUGGCGGAGUCUGCGCGAUGGGCGACCCGGAAAGGCCGGAAGCGGCCGGGCUGGAGGAGGAUGAGCAGUUGUCUUUGGAUACAAGCGAAAUUGCAGUGAGGUCAAAUGAAGAGCCACUCCUCAGAAAGAGUUCCCGCCGGUUUGUCAUCUUUCCAAUCCAGUACCCUGAUAUUUGGAAAAUGUAUAAACAAGCACAGGCAUCCUUCUGGACGGCAGAAGAGGUUGACUUAUCAAAGGACCUCCCUCACUGGAACAAACUUAAAUCAGAUGAGAAGUAUUUCAUCUCCCACAUCUUAGCCUUUUUUGCAGCCAGUGAUGGAAUUGUCAACGAAAACUUGGUGGAGCGUUUUAGUCAGGAGGUACAGGUUCCAGAGGCCCGCUGUUUCUAUGGCUUUCAGAUUCUCAUCGAGAAUGUUCAUUCAGAGAUGUACAGUUUACUAAUAGAUACUUACAUCAGAGAUCCAAAGAAAAGGGAAUUUUUGUUUAAUGCAAUUGAAACAAUGCCAUAUGUUAAGAAAAAAGCAGACUGGGCUCUGCGCUGGAUAGCAGAUAGAAAGUCUACUUUUGGGGAAAGAGUGGUGGCUUUCGCUGCUGUGGAAGGCAUUUUCUUCUCUGGGUCAUUUGCUGCUAUAUUCUGGCUGAAGAAGAGAGGCCUCAUGCCCGGACUCACUUUUUCAAAUGAGCUGAUCAGCAGGGAUGAGGGACUUCAUUGUGACUUUGCUUGCCUGAUGUUUCAAUACUUGGUAAAUAAGCCUUCAGAAGGAAGGGUCAGGGAGAUCAUUUUGGAUGCUGUUAAAAUUGAGCAGGAGUUUCUAACAGAAGCCUUGCCUGUCGGCCUCAUUGGGAUGAACUGUGUUUUGAUGAAACAGUACAUUGAGUUUGUAGCUGACAGGUUGCUUGUAGAACUUGGAUUCUCAAAGAUUUUUCAGGCAGAAAAUCCCUUUGAUUUUAUGGAAAACAUUUCAUUAGAAGGGAAAACAAAUUUCUUUGAGAAACGAGUUUCUGAGUAUCAGCGUUUUGCAGUCAUGGCAGAAACCACAGAUAAUGUCUUCACCUUGGAUGCAGAUUUUUAAAGCCCUCCUCAUCUAAAACAGUAUCGUCGAAGCUGGGGAUAGUUGCACACACCUUUAAUCCCAGCACUCAGGGGAGGCCAAGCAGGUGGAGUUUGAGGACUGUCAGGGCUACAUACAGAGAUCUGUCUCAAAACCAAAAUGAUAAUAGCAAAAGCGAACUAACAAAGAAAACCACAUAGAAACCUCUCGUUGGUAAAUAGCAAUUUAUUUUCCUGUCCUUUUGAAGCUGAGCAUCUCCUGUAAGGGAAUGGGAGUUUGAGUUAUCUAAGUGCACUUCAGUUAUUUAUACAGUGAGAGCGUGUGACCUAAAUGCCUGCUUGUCUGUCUGUCUGUCUGUCAUGAGCACAAAAAGCAAUAAGAGCAUGGAUUGAGGAGUCAGGUAUGAGUUUGACAUUCUAUCCUUACUCUUUGUGUGACCUUGGUGGGUCAGUUAACCAUGUAAACUUCAGGGCACUUAUCUGUAAAAUUUGUGUAAUAGCAAGUCCCAAAUUCAUGGGGUGACAGAAGGAUUAAUACACAGAAAUCAGUUUCCUUCCACUGCCUUGACUACUAAUUAAUAUUAAUGAUAAAUUAACUGCAGUGACAUUGUGAUGAAAUACACCCCAAAGUGAUUGUGACUCUAGGUUAGAUGGAGAUUUAGAAUUCAUUAGAUUUUUGUGCUUUUAACACUGCAGGAAAAAUAGAAGAAUAUGAGACCCUUAGAGAGGUCACGGUUCUCAUCAGUCUCUCUGCAUUUCUCAGUCUGCAGUAAAGAAUGUAGCUUGUAAUUGUUAGGGUGGAAGGCUAUGGAGGAGAAUCCAGAAGUUACCAUGGUUGUGGACCUUGUAAGCAAAGCGAUUCUUCUUCAGGAAUUAAAAAGGUAACUGUUGCCAGGUGCAGCCCUGGAAUGUUUAGAACCAGUACAGAUGGGCAUUUCUCAAAGUCAUAUUCUCAGAACUGGUAGAUCUUCCAGAGUUUUUGUGAUAGAAAAAGAGAUUUGGUGGUCAGUGAAUCUGGGAAAUGCUGUACACUUCAUCCCUUCUUAGAAAGUCCAGUCAGCACAGCAGCUGGGGUGGUGCAGUACAGCAGCCUUCACCUUGCUGCCCACAGGUACUCAUCAGGAGUCUGUCAACAGCUCUCACAGUAGAGUGCACUGGAAAAGCUGGCCCAGAAGACUAUUGAACCAUUUCAGAGUUAUGCCAAGCUGAGAAAGCUGUUUAAGAUUGGCUUCAUCUGCAUCUCUUUACAAUGUUAUAAAGGAAUGUUCUUUUAGUGGAAGUGUGUUAUGCUGCAUAAUAAGAUGGUGGAGGAGAUGGAAGUCCUUAGGAAAGAUUCAGGAAAGGCCAGAAGCCAGGAUACCUGGGCAGUGUACCCCUCUUCAUUUUCAGGAAGCACCAAGAGGAAACCUAAGCCACAUCAAACCCUGAUUCCUACUCAGUGAAGUGCUUGCUGCCCAGACAUGAGGGCCUGAGUCCAGAUCCCUAACACCUACAUAAAAACCAUAGCAGCACACACUCAUACGCCAUACUCGCACAUGUACACACACAAAGUACAAAUAAAAUCCUGGAAACUGAAAUUCAGAGAUUUCUCUCUAUACAAGUUUUUAUUCCAUUUGUUCUACAACUAUCUGGUUGAUCGAAACUAGGAAUUCUAGAUAAAUGCAAGAGAGACAUCAUAAUUCUACUGUUGGAGAGAAUAUAAAAAAUGAAACAUUUUGGCUUAUGGUCCAUACUGGGUUUUUUUGCCAUGUGCUUCCAGCUGGUCAUGUGGUCAUCCAUUACCCUUCUAAGCUUGACAGAGCAGCUGUUACUAAAACUGGAGAGAGGGGUGAUGGGUCCAAGAAGCUGAAAAUCUUAGCUAAGAUUCUAGCCACUGUCCUUAUACUGUAAGAUUUUGAGGCUGUCACAGCCUUUAAAUUUUGUCCAUUGUGGUUUCUUUUACCUAUUCCUUUAUUGAAGUGUCACAUACUACUAUAGCAUCAAUGUUUAUGAUCCUCUAGAGUACUUUAAAGGGUCUAGAGGAGCCUUUAAAUUAUCAAAGAGCAUGGGUAUUCGAGUAGUAUGUCUCAAGGUUCUUAUCUCCUGUCAUACAAAAACUUCUAAAACUUUAAUCACCUUAGACUGAAAGAAAACAGUUUUAACAGUGUACAUUCUCAAAGUUUUAGAUCCAGAUCUUCCUCAUGAGAAAUGACAGGUGCCUUCAUGUGAUACAUUUAAUAGUAGCAAGAAGCAAAACUGUGUUUAAUAGAAUUCUUAAUACUGAAAAACUGAAUUUGUAAUAUACUAUUCCAUUACUACAUUCAGUAUUCUAUACCCUUUUCAGUCCCUCGAAGUUGCACAUUUAUUUAUUAUGUUUAAUAGUUUGGUUCUGAGAUAUGGAAGAAUCAGGAAGUUAGAGGAUGUCUUAUUAGUAUCUCACAGGUGAAGAAAAUUUAAGUUUAUAGCUUUUUCUUUCUUUUUCUUUU